AUGCUUUCUCACUCUGGCCGUAAUUACAUGGUUACACGAGAUGACUAGCGUCUGACGUCUCGGCUUCUUCCGUCAUUCCCAUCCCAGCUGUCACCGCGCGCGUUACUCAUUCCCACAUAGGUAUUCAAUCCACCAUGUCCUCACGCUGGUCCGACACCGCCGAAGACGUAGCCGAAGCCGCCCGCCUGAAAGCCGAAAAGGCCGCCAAACGCGCCGUAAAAGAAGAGCGCAAACGCCUCGAGGCGGAGAAAGCUGCGACGGCGGCCGCCCAAGUCUCUCCCCCACCCACGAAGCGCCAGAAGACCCGCAACGACGAUGACGACACGCUUGCUCCCGAUGCAGAGGCGAAGAAGGAGCCGAAGCUGCUGAGGUUUUCCGCUGGCACGAUCGGUAGCUGUAGACACGUCGAGACUAGCUACGAACGCUUGAACCAUAUCGAGGAGGGGUCCUAUGGUGUCGUCUCCAGGGCGAGGGAUAUGGAGACGGGCGAGAUUGUGGCGCUGAAACGGUUGAAGCUGGAGAGAGAGAUCGAUGGUUUCCCAAUAACUGGUCUUAGGGAGGUUACUACGCUCAUGGCGGCGAGGGAACAUCCCAAUGUCGUUCGGCUGCGGGAGGUGGUGAUGGGAGAUACGUUGAAAGACGUGUACAUAGUGAUGGACUUCAUCGAACACGACCUGAAGACGCUGUGCGAUGACAUGUCCGAACCCUUCCUGCUUUCCGAAACGAAAACCCUCCUCCUCCAGCUGCUUUCCGCCACAGCCUACCUACACUCUCACUGGAUCCUACAUCGCGAUCUGAAAACCUCCAACCUCCUCCUCAACAACCGCGGCCAGAUCAAGAUUGCCGACUUCGGCCUGGCGCGGUACACGGGCGAUCCAGCGCCGGCACUCACGCAGCUCGUCGUGACACUGUGGUACCGGGCGCCGGAACUGCUUCUCGGCGCGACAACCUACGGCACCGAGAUAGACACCUGGAGCAUCGGCUGCAUCUUCGGCGAGCUGCUGACACGCACACCGCUCCUGCAGGGCAAAACCGAGAUCGACCAACUAUCGAAGAUCUUCGAGCUGCUGGGCGUCCCCACGGACGAGAGCUGGCCGGGGUACCGGCGCCUCCCCAACGCCAAAUCCCUCACGUUCCCCAAACACUCAUCCACAACCGGCUCGCACCUGCGCGCGAAAUUCCCGCUGCUCACGAACGCCGGCGUCGACCUCCUUGCGGGCCUGCUAAAGCUCGACCCCAAGGCCCGCACCACCGCCGAGGACGCUCUCGGCCACGAGUUUUUCCGCGAAGAGCCCCGGCCGAAGCGCGAGGAGAUGCUGCCGACGUUCCCCAGCAAGGCCGGCCAGGAGAAGCGAAGGCGCGCGUUCAGCCCUAGUGCGCCGGUUAGGGGCGAUGCGCCAGUGCUCGAGGGCGUCGUCGAGGGAGGCGUGUUUACCGGCGUCGAGGAGGAGGCGGCCGGGGCCGGGUUCGCGCUUAGGAUGGGAAGAUAGUGGUGGAGGGUCGGCGAAGUCGGAAUAUAUAUCAUACCGCAUUUGGAAUUGAUUUGGCGUUGAAAUAAUGUAUACCUACCAUCCAAACUGCGAGCUCGGACAAUAAGCUCUCUACGUACCAUGGUACCAAGUAUGUGUCUACUAUUAAAGUUCUGGCGAA